AUGGAAGGCUUGGUGGGAUGGAUAAUUGUGCUAGCUUUGGCGUCUAGCUUGAUCGAGUGCCACAGUCAACGGCAUCGACCGCCGAAUGCCAAGCACGGUGAUAUGCAGCCACAUAGCGUCGGAGAAGCGGCCCGAGUUGCUAGCCAGAUCGACGAGCUGGACGACGAGGACGAGGCAAAUCCUUGGGAGUUGAGCGGUUUGUUCGAAGGAGAUAUCCUGCUGGAUCGGUAUCAUUCCAGAAACGGUAUACUGAACGAAAGCAUGCGAUGGGCUGACGGAACGGUGCCCUACUUUAUCGAGGAUGAAGAUUUCACGGAUGAACAGCAGCUAGUGAUAUUGAAAGCGAUCAAAGAGUAUCACCAGAAGACCUGUAUCCAGUUCCGGCCGUAUCACAAAAAAGACACGAGUUGGGUAGUAUUUCGUUCCAACAGCAGUGGAUGCUGGUCCAGCGUGGGAAUGCAAUCGGAUGGACAAACUGUCAACUUGCAAUCACCAGGCUGCGUUCGGCAUGGAGUGGUCAUUCACGAGCUGCUUCAUGCGCUAGGGUUCUUCCACCAACAGAGUGCUUCCAAUCGAGAUGACUACGUACGUAUCCUGUGGGAGAAUAUCGAACCGGGUCACGAGCAUAACUUCAACAAGUACAACGAAACUGAAGUCACCAGUUACGGCAUCGAAUACGACUACGGUAGUGUCAUGCAUUACUCGGCGAAGGCUUUCUCCAGAAACAGCGAACCCACUAUCGAGGCUCUCCAGCCAAACGUGACACUCGGACAGCGCAAGGGUCUUAGUGAGAAAGAUAUAAGCAAACUGGAACUCAUGUAUCAGAGCCAGUGUGCACAACGGGAAGGUUCCGAAGAUCCUGAGCCUCCCGGUUUUAUAGAUCAAUUCAACUCACUGCUAGGAUUGUUCAAAGAAAAUGCUGCAUUUCCAACUUAUGGUUUCAAAAAGUGAGAAAUAAACAAUAGUUGCCACAUCCUAUCUGGAAUGUGAUUACAUAAAUAAUACAGUGGUGAAUGGACACGCGACACGUAUCGGGUCGCGUGUCCAGCGAUGCGUUCUCGC